AUUCAAUUACUCUGAUUUAUUAGUUCUUGGUUUCUCUCACUAAUAACAACCUUGGCAAGCUUCUGGCACUCUUCUAUGACUGAUCUUUGUUAACAAUAAUCUGAAAGGAGUGAAGCAAAAUUGUGAUGAAUCCGUUAUGUCAACUCUGUGGAAUAGAGAAAGCGCUAGUUUAUUGUACACCAGAUGAUGCUCGUCUUUGUUUACAAUGUGAUACUGUGGUUCAUUCUGCCAAUCGUGUUUCACAACGUCAUUUAAGAGGAAUAAUGUGCGACAGAUGUUAUUCACGACCAGCAUCAAUACGAUGCACAGAAAAUUCUUUCUCAUUUUGUGAAAAUUGUAGAUCGAAUCAGAAGGGUUGUUUAGUACCUAGUCAUCCUCACUUGCAAUUGCCAUGCUAUCCAUUGUGUCCAUCCGAAUUCUGGAAGUUAUUUCCUUUUGCUUUUGAUGCUUCAUUUCUGAAUGGGGUGGAUUCCGGGCCACUACUGUCAGUAUCAGGAGGGAUCUUGUCUACCAUAGAACACUGUCUUAGUAAUGGUUGGGAUUCCGGCGAGAAUGGGAAUCCCGUUGUGAAUGUGUUGAAUGACAUGGGACCUUGCACAAAGUUUGAACCUUCAAUUAAUCCACCUAUUGCAUUUGAAAAUACUCCGGGUUCUAUGUCUUACAAUAAAAAUCAACCAGAUUUGUUCCACAAGGAGACAGAUUUCUCACCUGAGGGUCUUUCACAAUUCAAAGAUAUUGAAUUGUGUGAGGACAAUGACAUUUGUGAAGGUUUCAACAUUGCGGAUGUUGAUUUAAGUUUUGAUGGGGAUAAUCUAUUUGGAUGUGCACAAAGUAAUCCCAAGUUCAUUCCAGGAAUGGAUUGCUUUAACUUGGACAAAGAUACACAAGUUGUUGAUUCAUUGCAUCUUCAUGAGAACGACAUAGAGGUGUCUUCCUCUAUGCAACCUGAUUGUGCAGGUCUUCAAUCAUCUUGUGUCACCGGGUCAGUAAGCGUUUUGCAGUGUGUAAACAGUAGUAUGGAUGAAGUACUUUUAAAUGCCACUGGUGGCAACAGAAGCAUAAAUUUAAGUUUUUCAAAUGAACCUCAAACACCAUCUCUCUCCAACAUAACUGGAGAAAGAAGAGCUAGUGAUUAUCAAGAUUGCGGCGUAUCAUCAAUAUUCCUAACCGGUGAAUCUUCAUGGGACCCAAGUCUGGAAACUGGGUCUCCCCAGGCACGCGAGAAAGCAAAGAUGAGAUACAAGGAAAAGAAGAAAACCCGAACAUUUGGGAAACAAAUAAGAUAUGCUUCUCGUAAAGCUAGAGCAGACACAAGAAAACGGGUGAAAGGCAGAUUUGUGAAGGCUGGUGAAGCUUACGACUACGAUCCUCUACCAUCAAGAGACUAUUGAAAACAAUCUUGUUCGAUACGAUAUGAUGUGGUAUAUGAAAUUGGUCUCCACACCAAUUUGAGAACACUACAAAUGAUUUCAUACGAAAACCUACAAGAACUUACUGGAAAAAGUACUUCUGUAACCAGAUACAUAAACAAAUAUAAACAUUAUGGAAUGUUAGGAAAAGAAGGAAAAAGAAGAUCAAAACAAAUUGAUUUUUCCUUGCUGUUUAUAUAAGUAUAGGCACAUGGAUUUUACACAAUAAGCAUGCUGAAGAAUGCAAAUCGCUAUCCAUUUCCUGAUGGAAGCUCCUGUUAGCAUAUGCAUCUCUUUUUGUUGCUCCCCCCUGAUGUUAAGCUGGUGUAAAACAUUGACGGAACUGGAGGAUGCUCCAGCCACCUCCGAAUCUCUAAAAGCCACCCACUGUAUUUUGAUUUUUUUUUUUUUGGUUGCCCCUAAAAGUUUAAU